AUGGCAGCUUCCAAGCCUAAAAGAUCAGUCAAACAACCACUCAAUCCAGAUUUUGUGUAUGACUUUCCUGCUAUGGUUUUUCCUACUGAUUUUGAUCCAAAUGCGACUCCCUCGGCGGCCGCUCAGUCGGCUGCACAGGUCCCAGCGACAACGCCAGCUGUGACGGGCGCUGUGGCAAAGAAGAAAUCUACAAAAUCCGCCAACAUUCAAGACCAACUGGAGCUGGAGCGGUUAAAACAGCAAAACCUUCAACUGGAGUUAAAGCUUCUUGCACAGAAAGAAAAACUCGGCGCAGAAGCACUCCAAACAACACAAGACAAAAUGUCAGCUGAUGCACGUGAUCAACUUAUGCUCGACCAGUCGCAAGAAAAAAUCCUUACCUCGCUCAUGAAUGAACUGACCCCACCGUCGCGAGAGGAGCAGAUUCAGCUAGCAAAUCCCACCUUUCCGGUUAUGCCGCAGCUCAAAGCAAGUGCUAAAGGGCACACUGUUUUCUCCGCAAAAGGUACGUUG